AUGACUUGCUACCGAGGCUUCCUGAAGCUGGGCGGCUGUCGGCGCGUGGCGGGCGGCCGGGCGGCGGCGCUGAGGGGGCCGGGCGCGGCGGGAGGCGCCGGGGGCCCCCGCGACGACGGGCAGCCGCGCGAGCUGGCGGGCCGUGGCCUUCGCGCCGAGGGCGCCUUCCGCCCGUCGCGGGUGGUGGUGGUGGCCAAGACCACCCGCUACGAGUUCGAGCAGCAGCGCUACCGUUACGCCGAGCUCUCGGAGGACGACCUCAAGCAGCUGCUUGCACUGAAAGGCUCUAGCUACAGUGGACUGCUUGAACGUCAUCAUAUUCACACCAAAAAUGUAGAGCAUAUUCUCGAUAGUUUACGGAAUGAGGGUAUUGAGUUCCGUCUUGUAAAGAGGAGAGAAUAUGAUGAAGAGACCGUUCGAUGGGCUGAUGCCAUUAUAGCUGCAGGAGGUGAUGGCACAAUGCUUCUGGCAGCAAGUAAAGUCUUAGACAGACUUAAACCAGUUAUUGGAGUAAACACAGAUCCAGAACGGUCUGAGGGUCACUUAUGUCUUCCGGUUCGAUAUACACAUUCCUUCCCAGAAGCCUUACAGAAGUUUUAUCGUGGUGAAUUCAGGUGGUUAUGGCGGCAGAGAAUUCGGUUAUAUCUCGAAGGCACUGGCAUAAACCCUGUUCCUGUGGAUCUUCACGAACAACAACUAAGUUUGAGUCAACAUAAUAGAGCCCUCAAUAUUGAAAGAGUUCAGAAUGAAACAGUGUCUGAAGCUUCAGGACCCCAACUCUUGCCAGUGAGAGCCCUUAAUGAAGUCUUCAUUGGGGAGAGUCUGUCUUCCAGAAUGUCUUAUUCUUGGGCUGUAGCAGUGGACAAUUUAAGAAGAAGUAUACCCACUCUAAAGGGACUGGCUUCCUACUAUGAGAUUUCAAUUGAUGAUGGUCCAUGGGAGAAACAGAAGAGUUCAGGGCUCAACUUGUGUACUGGAACAGGAUCAAAGGCCUGGUCAUUUAAUAUCAACAGGGUUGCCACUCAGGCUGUGGAAAAUGUCUUAAAUAUUGCAAAAAGACAAGGAAAUUUAAAUGUUCCAUUAAACAGAGAAUUGGUAGAGAAAGUCACAAAUGAAUAUAAUGAAUCACUGCUCUACAGUCCAGAAGAACCAAAAAUACUUUUCAGUAUUCGAGAACCAAUAUCAAAUAGAGUUUUCUCUAGCAGUCGCCAGCGUUGUUACACCUCAAAGGUUUCUGUUCGUUCUCGGUGUUGGGAUGCCUGUAUGGUUGUGGAUGGAGGAACUUCUUUUGAAUUCAAUGAUGGAGCGAUAGCCUCAAUGAUGAUCAAUAAAGAAGAUGAGCUUCGAACUGUGCUUCUAGAACAGUGAAUGAUUUCCUUAGAUGACAUUUUGGAAAAAAUGGAAAAAUACUUUUAUUUUAGAAACAUUAAU